AUGGACGGCCUCCUCCGGACGCCCUGCCGUUGGCGUGCUUUGAUGGCUGCGUGGUUGGACAAGGCCCGGGAGCAUCCAGCAGUACAUCCUUCCUUUGCCGGCGCCAUUGGAUAUUGCUUUGGUGGGCAAGCAGUUCUCGAGCAGGUGCGCGCAGGACAUCCCAUUCAGGCGGCCGUCACAUUUCAUGGCCUCCUUCAUUCCCGGCCCAAGCGGGUGUGGAACAGAGGAGGCGGUGGCUACGGAGCGCGGAUGUCAGCGGAGGAGUUUGCUGCAGACCCCAGCAUCCAGAAGGCUCCCAACAGCUACAGGACCGAAUGCAAGGUGCUUAUCGAAAAUGGUGACCUCGACGAGCACGUGCCAGUGGAGUCUGUUGAGGAGUUCCGCAAGGAGAUGGACGUUGCGGGUAUUGACUGGCGAUUCCACAACCAUGCCCAGACACCGCAUGGCUUCGCGCUAGCUCCAGGUCUUUGGAGCUCAACCUACCGAGAGAACGCUGAUCGGCGUUCCACUCUGUCAAUGCUGCAGCUCUUUGCGGAGGUUUGGCCAGACUUUCCUCAGCAGCCUGUACCUACCAACGCCUGUGGGACCGAGCUGGGCCAAGCCAUUCGCAUCAUGCCCAAGCUGUGA